UUGUGGAGUGUUUCCUGCCAAGUUUCAACCGAUAACGUACACUCAUGUAGGUUAACUUAAAUUACUUCAUUGGUAUUUUAAGUUAGUGCUGCUCCGGUGGUAUAUUAGCAAACUAGCAAAGGUGUCACUUUAUUGUGGAAAAAUCACGAAAGUACCCGCUAGCUGUCAUUUCGCUAGCAUGGACUUCCGUAUUGCCUAGUGCCAACACAUCAUCCAAACAUUUUUGCCCAUUAGUCGUCAGAACUUUGUUAUAUGACCGUUGUUACCCCGUUUAGGUUGAUUUAAAUGACAUAGUUCAUGCUUUAAGUGUCGCUCUGGUGGUAAAUUUGCAAACCAGCAAAAGUGGCACUUGGAAAACUAACCGGAAGUUACCAGCAAUUGUUUUAGUAAACAGUGUUUACUAAACACCGUCACUGUUAUGUGAACAUGGUUUCCUCUUCUAUGGUAACAUUACUGACACAAUUGAUGUUUUAAGUUAACUUCUGGCGGUAAAUUAGCAAACCAGCAAAGGCCGUAUUUUGUUGUGUAAAACUAACCGGAAGUAACCGGAAGUCAUUUCGUGUAGUCAUUAUGAUAGCACGGCGUGUUGCCUGUCAACACAGCAUCACUUCCAAACAACAAAUAUGUCCAUUAUUCAUUAAACAUUUUGCUAUUUGUUACUAGAUUAUUUAAGGGACGCCGUUUUCCAACUCGGAUUUAGUUGUGACUUUAGUUUAGGGACUCUGGGUUUACCUCAGGCGGUAUCGUGACGUGUGUGGGCCGUCAAAACAAAAGCUUCCAAUAUUUCGUGCUUUUGUCGAAUUCAUCGCUAAAUUAAAUAUGGUUCAGAUCAAAGAGCCCGAACCGGAACCUCGACUGUUCGCGUUUACCCGAGUAGCAUCCGCAGUGCUGGCACACUUUCUUGGCGUCGUCCUCACAGUCUUCGUCACGGUUCUGGCCCGACCCGGUACAAGUUGGUUUUCCUGGCAUCCUUUCCUCAUGACACUAGCCGUAAGUUGGUUUUCCCUCUUCAUGACCCAAGCCAUCCUCCUCUUCUCCCCCCACGGCUCCCCCAUGAAGAGGUUCUCCCACAAGGUUAAGGGUCGCGUUCACUGGCUCCUGCAGUGCACCUGCAUCCUGUGCGCCGCACUGGGCCUGGCUGCCAUUUUGUACAACAAACACCUGCAAGGCAAGCCUCACUUCACCUCCUGGCACGGCCUGCUGGGCCUAUUGACGGUUUGUGCGGUGGGGGUCCAGGCUCUGGCCGCCUUGCCCCUCGUGUACCACUCUCUGGCCAAAGGCUGGUCACUGGCCAAGCUCAAGAGGUACCACGCGGCAUCCGGGCUGGUCACGUACCUGCUGGGUGGCGUCAGCCUGCUGAUGGGGAUGACUUCUGUGUGGUUUACGGCGUCUGUCAGCAACGCCGCCUGGUACCUGGCAGCACUCUGCCCCGUGCUCUGUGGACUCAUCAUCAUGAAUCAAGUCACCAGCGCUUAUGUGGCCAAAAAACGCUCACAAUCCUAACAGCGGCUGCGAUAUGGACACAACACCACCUUUUUUCUUCUUGGUUGUGAUAAAAACAAAUAUUUUUUAACGCAGAAAAACAUGAUUUUGCAGUAAUACUGUAAUGAGCAGCAAAGGCAACACUCCUUUUGUAUAAAUAAUCUUUGACUGUUGUCUCCUCUGCUGAAGGUGAAAUAUUCUAAUAUUUUUCACCAAUUUAAAACUCAAAGGUCCCACAAUUGUGUAUUGGAAGUGUGUUGUAUUUUAGUCACUGUUAGAACCUCUUUUAUUAAAAUGGACCAUCCUCAACGACGAUGAAUUCACACUGCAAUAGAUGAGGUGUUUUAUUUUGAAAAUAACAUUGACAACACAGUCGUGUUCUGCUUUUAUCCUGGUGGGAUGUCCAUAUUAUUAUUAAUACUGGAUCAGCCAACCAAGAGAACACAGAA